UGAGCAGCCUGAAGAGAUCCAGGAAGAGAAGCCGGAAGAGGCAGAACACUCCAGGGAUCUGCUCGAGCGGCGUGGAUACAGUGUAGGCAAAACACUCGGCUCCGGGUCCUACUCUACGGUCAAUUCACCUGGGUUUCCCGUGGACUUGCCGUUGUGACGCUUUACCUCGGAUGACGCUCCCUGGCCUUGAAGUUGUACGAAACUUCAGACAUGGCACAGCUCCAAAGUCAGAUUAUGCUGGUGUCAAAAGGUGGCACGUCUUACGCCUGCAAGAUUGUGUCCAAGGAGCUCACAUCAGCCGUGUACCGCGCCAAGUUCUUGCCACGGGAGCUGAAAAUCCUCGCCGCCAUCCGCCACUCGCACAUUACCUACGUCAGCGAGAUCAUCGAUCUCCCGUCAAAAGUAUUCAUCAUCAUGGAGUUGGCCACCGGAGGAGACCUACUGGACAAAAUACUGAAGGUGAAGCGGUUCAAGGAGAAGAGAGCAUACAAGUACUUUAUGCAGAUGGCCAGCGCGUUGGCUUACCUGCACUACAAGGACAUAGCCCAUCGGGACCUCAAGUGCGAGAACAUCCUGUUCACGUCCACAAACCGCGUGAAGCUCGCCGACUUCAGCUUCGCACGAUACUGCACGGGCGCAGGCGGCAACCCCAAGGAGUUGAGCACCACAUUCUGCGGCAGCGAAGCGUAUGCCCCUCCGGAGGUGCUCCAGGGCAUCCGGUACCGGCCAAAAAAAGCGGACGUCUGGUCACUUGGUGUCAUACUGUUCGUCAUGGUCACCGGACUCCUGCCAUACGAAUCCGAGUGCGUGCCCCGCCAAGUUCGGUUACAGAUGACGCGCACCCUGCGUUUCCCACAGGUGCUGCCGCUCAGUUAUCAGCUAAAGAACCUCAUCAGGGGUAUGCUAGAGCCCGUGGCGACGCUUCGCAGCUCGAUGGCUCGCGUGUUUCGACACCCGUGGGUCCAGAUGUUUCCCACUGCUAUGGCCGAGGUGGAAGCACGGGCCAGGCAUGUAGCAGAGGCUCGCAGAGUGAAACAGGCAUCACCUUUGAAAUUGAUGCCACGCCAGCACACGGGGAGGGCGAUGCAUGACGAGGAAGAACUCACGGGAACUUCUGAGAGAGGCAGCAAAAAUGCUUCAGCCAUCGACCAACUGGAACAACGUGCAGCCGGAACUACAGGCACGAGCACUUCUACGACAUCAUCUAAAACAAAGAAGUCUACUGGCCGGGAACAACGUGCAGGCGGAACUACAGGCACGAGCACUUCUACGACAUCAUCUAAAACAAAGAAGUCUACUGGCCGGAGAGCAAGUAUCGCCAGUGUUCAUACUGCGGGCAGCCAGCAGUCGACCACGUCACAGGACACAUCUCUCGAGAAUCGUGAGCCGGGUCGGCAAAAAGCCAAGGAGGACAUCGCUAUCAAGGACAUUGACAUCAAGAACGCCGACCGCGACGACAGCCCUGGCAAGCCCGCGGACAACCUGGCCCCCGAAGCAGAGCCGUCCAACAAGGACGAUGCCGAGACCAGUGCCACGUCGGCAACCAGCCGACAAAGCGGCCUUGCGCCAUCCGUCUCGCACGGCUCCGAGGCACCAGGAUCGAACAUUUCGGAAGACAAGCUAGAAGAUACAUCAGGGGGCAGCACCCUUGCCGACAGUGUGGAAGACGAUCUUUCUUCUAUAUUGCGCGACGUCUACUCGAGCGGUGGUGAGGCCUCCAGCGUGGCAGAUAGGUGCACCUGCAAGGGACUUGACAACGAGGAGCUGGACAGCCACUACGAAGGGUGCCCAUGCGCUAGCAAAAAUGGAAAGCCGGCAAUGAUCAUCAAGCCUUUACCCAUGCCACCGAAGGACUUCAAGCCCAAAGGCAUCAUGAAACUCUGAUGACGUCGGUAAUGAAAACAGUGCGUGUUUAGCAUUAUUGUCUCUGAUAUUUU